AUGGCUACAUUUGCAAAGAUCACCAGAGCUGUUAUCGUGACUUUUUUACCCUGCCACUACCCACUGGAGAUGGAAAGCGAAGACAUCUCUAUUCCCACAAAUGACUUGCCAUGCCCCUCGCCAGUGGUGAAGAUUACGCAGGACAUUGAUGAUCAUGAUCUACAGUUUCGGUGCCAGGCGACUUGGGAGGAAGAGAGCAGUGUCUUCUGGGUCCUACCAGAUAACACUACUAUUGUGUUGCCGGGUUUAGGUGAGGACGAAAGAAACGCCAACCUGACUUCUCAGCACUUCAACAUUUCAUUCCAACACGACAUAAGUGCUUGUGGAUGGACAUGGGCGACGCCGUCCCGUGUAACUACAAAUUGCUCACACAAUCAGACAGCUCCAAACUAUGCCGUCAGGACGGUGUCUAUAUUAGUUGUAGCUGAAUCAGUUGCCGGACAGUGGCAAGGGAGUUCUAUCCGAUGCGGUGUGAAGUCGUUCACUAGCACUCUCGAAGCUGGAAUGCUUGUCCCAGACAAUUUCAGUGCCCCGCAUGUGUUACACAAACUGGCCACCUCUGAGAGAAGUAGCACGAGUACACCCACUUAUUCAACAGUCGUCAACACUAAAGCCCACACACACCCCUUCAUAGUAUUUCUUCCUACGAGAGUUCAGACAUAUCUGAAUCUAAACUGGUACGUUUUUGUUCCCCUGUGUACAGUACCGAUUCUUGUCCUCUUCGCAGUCUGUAUUGCUCUACGGAAUAAACGGAAUGUCUUUAGGGAGGAACACGCGAUGGCCGAAUUGCGAAGUAACAACAAACCGGACAAUGCCCCCCAAAAUCAGGCUGAAGUAGCUACCACGGAUGGCACUUCAAUUGACCCAUAUUACUCAACGAUAAAGGAUGAAGACGUCGACGAAACUGUUAGCCCGUACGGGAUAGCCAAGGCAGGUGCCCAGUACGGCCGUGGGAAGAAAAGGUCGCGUAGUGUUAGAGAGAACACUGUCGCCGGUCCGAAAUCCAGGUCAGAACAGUGCAAAUGUUACAAUCAGAGAGCUGGGGAAGAUACUCGUAUUACCCACGACAAUGAGGAUAGUGUAGAGAGGGACGCUUCAUAG